AUAUGCUAGAUAAUUCAAAACUUGCUCUUCUGUGCGGGAGGGAUUAUAUCUCCCCAAAACCCUCCCCAGCGUUGUCUCACUUUUCCCUCUCACAUAAUCAGUGGAACCAACGACCAGACGUUCCCUUCUAAUUGCCGGCAAUUUUAGGGUUCCGACGACGUAUCCUCGUAACAGGGUCUCUCGCAUCUUCUUUGUAUCGACGAAUGGAGAGAAGGUUCGAGGAGUCCUCCUCCAUCCAUUCGCCCUCCAACAUCAAUGGCGGUUCCAGCCCUCUGAAAUAUCCUCCGGCCCGUCCUCUUAGCUAUACUUGUCCCAGAGUACAUGAAGCGUUAGAGCAUUUGGCGUCAAUUUAUCCAAUUGAACUAUGUGAUGAAGCAAAAAUUGAGCGAUGCAGAGCGACUAGAGAUCUGAGAAGCUGUGGACGUAAUGUACGAAGUGUUCUAACAUCAUGUAAGCAUGCAUCUUUAUGCGAGGAGUGCAGCCAGAGAUGUGAUGUUUGUCCAAUUUGUAGAGUUUCUUUGCCAAAAGAUUCAAACAGACUUCAGCUGCGUCUCUAUUAUGAGUGCAUAGAGGCUGGUCUUAUCUCAAGUAGGUGUGAUGACAGACUACAGGAGAAGGAAGACAGUGAGAAACAGCUAACAGCUGAUAUCCAACGGCUUUAUUCAUUGUUUGAUGUGGCACUGCAGAACAAUUUGGUCUGUUUAAUAUGUCAUUAUGUCACAGAUGUCUGUAUGGAUGAGAGUGCAGUAUCUAGCGAUCCUGUCAUUGCAUUUUUACUUGAUGAAGUGGUUGUAAAAGAUUGGUGCAAGAGGACAUUCAGAAAUAUUCUGAAUGAGGCUCAAGUGAUAUAUGAUGACUCAUUGCAAGGAAUGGAAGAAAACUUGAGCUCACUUCUGAAUCUGUCUGUUGAAUUAACUGGCUUGUCCAAUGUUAUUGAGGUUCUGGAAGCAUCAUUUAAACAUUCUCUUUCAGCAAAGCUACAUGAUCUACAUCAUCUUCAAGAGCACAUAUUGAAAACCAAGCAGCACACGGAAAUGAUGGUUUGGUGUAUAAGACAUAAGUUUCUUGAGAAUGUGACUUCUCGCUUCAAUGGUAAUUUUGCAUCAUGGGUGAGUCUGGUUCGUGAAAGAAAGUCUGCUGCAAUCCGACGUGCCUGGCCAGACUCUGCAAAUCAGUCCGAAGAGUUAAGUGGUAGUUCAACACUCUUUAUUGAAGAUGCACUUACAAAUCUUGAAUCGGAGCUAUAUGCUGAUGAUUACCAGGAAGAAUAUGAUAUAGCAUGUCUACAAAAAGAUGGAAGAUCUUCGUUCUUACGAUCGAAAAUAGGGGGAAUGGCUAGCAGUUACCCAUUUCUGAGUUUGCGCAGUGCUACUGAUAUUCUCUUUUUACAUGGAAGUUCAGAUUUAGUGGUUGCAAAACAAGCAAUUUUUUUGUAUUAUAUUUUUGACCGACAGUGGACUGUACCUGAGGAGAGUUGGAGGGACAUUAUUGACGACUUUGCUGCGACAUUUUGUGUUUCAAGGCACUCUAUAUUAGAAUCCUGUGUCUAUUUUCUGUUGGAUGACCACACUGAUGAAGGUUUGCAGGAAGCUUGCCGCCUUCUCCCUGAAAUCUCGAGUCCCGUUGUUCAUCCUAAAGUGGCACAGGUUCUUUUAGAGAGGCAAAAUCCUGAUGCGGCUCUUAUGGUUCUGAGAUGUUCGGGACGAGAUGGGAGACAGGUGGUUUCUCUUGGGGAGACUGUCACUGCAGUUCGAGUAAGAGUGGAGUGUGGACUUCUAUCUGAAGCUUUCAUGUUCCAGAGAAUGAUUUGUGCCAAGGUGAAUGAGAAUAAGUUACGAGGUGAAACAUUUCAUGAUGCUUCACUUGAACAAAAGGGUGAAGCCUGUUCUCCGGAUCUGUGGGUGGAGACUUUGGUCUCUGAAAUUUGUUGUCUUUGUGUAAGGAGAAAUUUUGUAGAUCGCAUCAUAGAACUUCCAUGGAACUCUGACGAGGAGAUAUAUCUUCAUAAGUGCCUGAUGGAUUUUGCCACAGAAGACCCUUCCACGAUUACGGGAAGUCUACUUGUUGUUUUCUAUUUACAGCGACAUAGGUACAUGGAGGCAUAUGAAAUUGAUCGCAAGCUUCAAACCAUGGAGGAUAACUUCAUUUCUCAAAAUUCUCUCAGUGAAGCUGUGUUAACCAGGAUAAGAUCAAUAAACAAUUGGAGAACGGGUUUGGCUCGAAAAGGGGUGGAGUUGCUUCCUGAUAUCAUUCAGCAUCAAGUAAAGGCGGGGAAGUUGGCUGAGGCAGCAAGUCCAAAUAAGGCAAAGGACAGUUCAGCAAAACCUGAUCUGCAAGUUUCUCAAGGACCUAUUUUGUCCAGUUUAUUGACACACCCUCCUGCUGACAGGGUGGACAGUGCAAUUAUUUCCUCCCCACACCCUCCUGCUGGCCAAGAGAACAAUGGAAUAAUUUCCUCCCUUAGUGCUUCCUCUCUCGAGACUUCAGCAAAAUAUGGACUUUCUGAUCUUUCUAUCUUUAAAGUUGGGAACCAUGCCUCUCCUAAGCCACACACUCGUUCAUUCAUUAGUUCUCCAACAACAGAACGAAAUUCAUCAAGGGUACCUCACAGUAGCCGCCUUUGGAAUUACCAAACCAAUCAAGUUUCUUCAGAGAGGAUUGAGAAGGUAUCCCUCGAUGGAUCUGUAAUUUCUAAGAAGCACCGCUCACUCACAGAAGCCAUGGAUUUUUCGUGGAGCCAUGAAGAGGACACACAUGCAAGUGUGAGAUCGAGGUGGAGAUCUGAUGACAUUGAGGAAGAAGAUUAUUCAACACCAGACAGGCUCACUGGAUUCACAUCUCACACUAUGAACCCUAGCAGUGUUAGAAGAGGCAGAUUUUCUCUGAGAUGAAGCUUCUGCGUUUCAUGCCUUUAAUUUCCUAAAGUAUAAAGAAUUAAAGGUACCUCAUGCUAAAACCAACGUGUAGAAUUUAUCAUUUUGUGCUUUACCUAUUGUUGAUCGCCUCCUAUGAAUAUUUAUUGGUGCUUUUUGUUAUUCUAUUCCCAUGCUAAUUUUAACUUUUAUGUAACAAAUCCUUGAGAUAGCAUUUCGAGACCCCAGAGAUAUAUGUAUAUAUACAUAUAUAUAUACAAAUACUUAUUUUUCUUUUAUAUAUUUGAUGGUGGCAAGUUUAGGCUAGAUGGCUUUAUGCUA